GUGUUGCUUGUCGAACCCAAAUGUUCCGUAAUAGUCUGCCAAAGAUUAUGUUGUGAAAAGAAGUUGCUCGGAUUUGACAGGAGGAGUUUAAAAGCCUCGAGGGUAUAAGCCCCGUUUGUGUUGGGCUUUCCAUGCGCGGUUUUAUUCUAAGUGUGUGUUACUGUUUGCUAAUUGGAUAUGCAUCCUCGUAUCAAACACAGUCAACUGACGGAUUGCUCACGAGAACAGCAGAAGUCACGCAGACUUCAGAAAACGAGAAUGACGUGCCAAACUGCUCUGUAGAACUCCGAUUAGUCCCUCCGACCAAUUUAUCCCGCCCAAGCCCAGGUCGUCCGCACAGCCUUCUGUUGAAUGUGGGACAACAACAACAUCUCGAGCUUGAAUGUAAUUGCUGUUGUGAAAACAUAGAAGAGAUUAAAAGGGUUGCAUCGGAGCAACUAGCAAAGCUGCGUGGACCAUCAACUGCUGAAGCGGUUCAGAAAAGCGAGCCGAUAGGACAACUGCAGUACCGUANUAACCUGCUGAAGGGGUUAAGAAAAGCGAGCCGAUAGGACAACUGCAGUACCGUAUUAUUUCAAACAACGAUCAUAGUGUUUACUUUACAGAGACCAAAAAGGCACAUGACCAUGUACGAGUACACCACAGGCUAGCUAAUCGUACUUCGCGCUCUCCCGAUUGUGGAAAAAACGUGUAUGUAUGUGCGGAAGACUUCAAACCGGUAGCUCCGUGUAGAGCAAGAGAUGAGAGCAACGGAGAUAAUGUGACAACACUCAGGUCGCGUGAAACCUCUAUUCAACGGUUUUACUUGUUUGGAGACAAUCUGGGGCACAGCGACAUCAAGGUGUACUUGGUACUGACAGACUCCACCAGUAAACCUGGCGACCAGAAGUCCACAGAAUACGGGACAAUAGAGGAAUCCGGUGAAAGACAACAGAACAAAGAAACCAAACCUCAAUACUGGGUUACCAUCGCGACCGCCCAAAUAUUUGUCAUCAAACAAAAUUUCUUAGAGGGUGAGGAGACACCAGAUGAAGUGUACGAAACCCCGUAUUACAAUGAAUCCAUGGAAGGGUACUGGGAGAAAGUUCUCCACGUAACCGUACGGUUGAGACCGCAAAAAUUCUAUAUUGCUUCGGACUGGAGUGCAGCUGUGAUUGCUUUUUUGAUCGCUUUAUCUGUCGGGUGUUGCAACGACCCCAUGUUAAUGCACGCACAACUCAAACAGCCCCGAGAGAUCAUACUUGGAUUAUGCUGUCAGCUGCUUCUUGUCCCCACAAUUACGCUCGCCGUGAUUGCCUGUUUCUCGCUGGACGAAGAUCAGGCUUUUGGGCUAUUCGUCACAACUACAGUGCCUGGUGGUGGACUGGCAUACUUGUUUACGUAUCUCGUUCAGGGUGACCGUCAACUGUCGGCCGCGCUUUCCUUCAUGACAAGCUGGUUCGAUAUCGUCACUUCCCCGGUUUGGACAUUUGUAAUUAGUAAUUACUGGUAUCGGCGUCCGAUGGACGUAGGCAAAACUGUUGGCUGGCUAUGCGUUGUAGCCUGUGCUCAAACAAUCGGUACAAUUCUGCGCGGAUGCCGGCCUGGUUUGGCACACGCUGUACUCACCUGGUUCACCAGACCUCUCCUGUUAUUGGCAGGGAUCCUACUGGUCACGCUGGGUGUUUACAUCAAUCACUACGCGUUUAACGAGUUCGAUUACAAGCUGGGGCUAAUUUUAGGCCUGUUGCUGGUCAUCACGCUUGGAUUUGUUCUCGGCUGGAUCUGUGGUCAAGCGACUAAACAAGGACUACAAGCUGCAAAAACGCUGGCGACAGAAGCAGCAGUCUUUAACGGUCUCCUCUGUGUGCCUUUGUUGCGGACAUCACUGACCAAACCGGAAGGUGAUAUGGCGGCUGUGGCCCCAGUAUGGGCUACUGUGUUGAUCCCUAUUCCACUGGCCUAUCACGCAGUAAUAUCAGUGCUACAUCGCUGGAUAAAAGAUUUCUUGCAACGAAGAAAGAAGAACGAAGAACAAAACUCAAUGGCAGCAAUUCUCGGAGGUGGUCCACUCGGACCGGGAGAUAUAGGCGUCGCUUCCGUUGCAGCGGUUGCGGCUGCAGCAAUCGCAGUCGCGCCAGCAAUUACUGCAGGCGCGAGGGGGCAGGCAGGUCCAAUGAUAAACCUCACAUAUGUCAAUACGAACGACAGUGAAACCAGCACGAGUCGGCGCCAAUCUGCAGCAGAUACAAGAAUUAACUCGCCUACAAGAACAGAGGUUGCUGGAUCAAAUACUAGACCAUCACUAGAAGAGAUCCAUGCACGAGAAGUGGAUUAUUUGACGUCGCCCGGCUAUGAACCACUGCAUAUAGAGUUCAACGAAACAGAUUUACCUAUCAUGCCGCGUGCAUCCACAAGUGAACAUCAUCAAUUGUCUGGUUAUGCAAGUACCCAUCACGAAACCCAUAUUCCGAAAGCGACCUCUGCAUGGUUUACCAGUUCCACUGAGUAUUCAACCCCAGGAAAACAGACCGGGAAUGAUAAACCUCUGUCAUGUUCUUUACUGGAAACAUCUCCCCCACAUCCAACCCACCCUCUUACCAAGCACAGCCAAUUUCAAAACAACGCAACCGGGUAUGAUGGUAGUAACGCAAAGCUACUUUCACACAAAGCCGAACGACACAACCCCACCCCGUAUACCAACCUGUAACUAACAGCCUUAAAUAACGUUAGAUACCAGAACACAACAUCACAAAACAGAUACCCCAAUAAAAAU